AUGAGUGUAAAACAUUUAGGCACAGGUUCUAAAGAUGUGCCUCUUCAAGAAGGAAAGAUCAGACUAUACAGUAUGAGAUUUUGCCCUUAUGCUCAAAGAAUUCACCUGGUCCUACUUGCAAAAGAUAUUCCGCAUGAUGUUGUAAAUAUCAACUUGAAGAAUAAACCAGAAUGGUACCUAGAAAAAUUUCCUUUGGGGAAAGUACCGGCUCUUUAUGUUGAUGGUGUUAAUAUAUAUGAAAGCCUUAUAAUUGCUGAUUAUAUUGAUGAAAAAUAUCCUCAGAGACCUUUAUACCCGAAAGAUCCUCUUCGUAAGGCUCUAGAUCGUAUACUUAUUGAAGGUUUUUCUCGGGUCAUAAACCUGCUUUAUAAAUUAUAUAUUAAUCCUGUAAUGGAUGCACUGCAUUUAGCUCCAAUUCUGGAAGAAAUGGACCAUUUUGAGAAAGAACUUGCCAAAAGGGGUACACCUUAUUUUUCAGGUGAUGAGCCUGGAAUGGUGGAUUAUAUGAUUUGGCCCUGGUGUGAACGUCUAGAAAUGGUGAGAGUUCUUGGGGGAGAUCAGUUCAAAGUACCUAAGGAACGCUUUCAAAGAAUGUUUCAGUGGUCAAAGGGAAUGUUAGAAGAUCCUGCCGUUAAGAGUCAUUAUUGCACACCAGAACAACAUGCUAGGUUUCUUCAGUCAUACCAGGCUGGCACUCCUGAUUUUGAUAAUAUUCUUGUGUAA